AUGGCUGUGAACUUGCCGAAUCAUCCCUUCCUUACCCAAGAUACCUGUUUGCCCAACUCACCACAAAGGGCCAGUGACCUUUCGCAAAAACAUGAGACCUCCUCCAACAAACUCUCAGCCUGCAAGCGCAAGAGGAUUGACCAAACAGCUUCUCAGAUUGGAGAAGGACUUGACCCCUCGCCUUUGUCGUCAAUCACAGGUCAUCUGAACCACCGGGCUACCAUCGCGCAUGGCGAGGAAUACUACCCAUUGCACCGACCCCGGUCCGAGGCCGGAGAUGCAGUAGCUAGGCACCUCACAGAGCCGGCUGCAAACUCGCCAAUGGCAAGAUGGAAACGAGAGAGUGUCGAGAAAGAGCCUUGGAACAGUACCUCCAGGUUGGAUGCUAAAGAUGGGGAGAGAGCACUUGAGGUACAUAAAAGGAAUACUGAUCUAGUCUCAAAGGAUGGUAACCAUGUGACACCUAAGACAACACCAUUCUCUCACUGGACCUCCUCCAAGGCUACAGAGUAUUGUGACGGUGCUUCGGAAGGUGGAGCUUGUGCUGAUUUGGCUGGAGUUGGGACAUGGCUGAGAUAG